CUAAACCUUUCUUUGUUGAUAAAGAGAUUCCAGCAGAUAUUUUAAUCUUAAGGAAUAUUCUUGUCAAGGGUUGAUUGGAAUCUCGUCCCUUUACUGUUCCCCUGUGAGAGUCUCCACCAUCUCUCAGGACUUGUGUCAAAUGGCUUCUCAAGAUCACCAUAUGCAUGACCAUGACCUCCACCAUCGUCAUCAUCAUGACCAUAGCCAUGAGGAUGCAAAGACAACAACAUGGGUAGGAGAAGAUGGAAGGGUAUACCAUAGCCAUGAUGGGCUGGCUCCUCAUUCCCAUGAACCAAUAUACUCACCUGGCUACUUUACCAGAAGAGCACCUCCACUUAUUAACAGGAACUUCACUGAAAGAGCAUUUACUAUUGGAAUUGGUGGCCCUGUUGGUACUGGGUGCAGCAAGCCAAGUUCCCAGUGUGUGUGUGUGUAUCUGUGUGCACAUGCAUUUUCCUUUUUCACUUCAAGUUUCAUAAGGAAAACAGCUUUAAUGCUAGCAUUAUGUAAACUCCUAAGGGACAAAUACAGUCUUGCAGCAGUAACAAAUGAUAUAUUCACUAAAGAAGAUGGAGAGUUCUUAAUAAAACAUGGCGCGCUGCCGGAGGAAAGGAUACGAGCAGUGGAAACAGGAGGAUGCCCACAUGCUGCUAUUAGGGAAGAUAUAAGCAUUAACCUUGGACCUCUUGAGGAGCUUUCUAACUUGUACAAAGCAGAUAUACUACUUUGUGAAUCUGGUGGAGACAACCUAGCUGCCAACUUCAGUAGGGAACUUGCUGAUUACAUAAUCUACAUAAUAGAUGUAUCAGGUGGUGAUAAAAUUCCUCGAAAAGGAGGUCCUGGAAUUACCCAAGCAGAUCUCCUUGUGAUAAAUAAAACCGAUUUGGCAGCAGCUGUGGGAGCAGAUCUGUCUGUCAUGGAGCGGGAUGCACUUCGGAUGCGGGACGGCGGUCCUUUUGUUUUUGCUCAGGUGAAGCAUGGGGUUGGCGUGGAGGACAUAGUGAACCACGUUUUACAAGCUUGGGAAGUUGCAACCGGCAAUAAGAAGCACUGAAAACUUGUACUUGAACAAUGUUGUAUCUUUUGGUUUCUCCAAUGCCCAUCUGAUGUUCAAUUUCCUGUGUCAGGACUAAUGUAAUCUUCUAAAUAAUCUGCUUUUACAUAGUUUAUGUACCAAAAGUAUGUAACUUACAAUUUUCUCAUAUUUAUUUUGGUUCGUUUGGUCAUU